AUGGGGAUAUCUAUUGUGUCUAUAUGCAAGUGUUGUGCUCAGCCCCGCCAAGAAACGAUGAACCAUAUGUUUGUUACAGGACAAUAUGCUGCAGAUAUAUGGAAGAUGUUCUCAGCAGCAGUAGGUGUGCAAGGCCCUUUCAUUCAAGUUAAUAAAACUAUCAAUAAAUGGUGGGACACAAAGUGUUCUUCAAAGCUGAAACCAUUAUACCAAGCAGAUCCUGCAAUCAUACUUUGGCAACUUUGGAAAAGAAGAAACACAGUUUUUCAUGGUGGUAAUAUGUCUAGUCAUAGGGUCAUAUAUGACAUUAAUCUUAAUCUCAUUCAACUGGCCAAAACUAGAUAUCCAUGGAUGACAAAUUUUCCAAACUCUUGGCCUCAGCUGGUACAACAUUUGGAACAAUAUAGGCCUCACAUACAGUAUAUACUAGUUCAAUGGAUUAGCCCUCCUGCAGGUUGGUACAAAUGUAAUAGUGAUGGUGCCUCCAGGGGAAAUCCUGGUCCUAGUGCAUCUGCAUGUUUUGUGAGAAAUCAUAAACGAGAGUUCAUUCAUGCUACUGGUAGCAGGAUUUCAGAUACAACCUGUCUGUGUGCAGAGGCAAAAGCAAUGCAUGAUGGCAUUAUAUUUUGUAUAACACAGCAGUAUCUACCACUGAUAUUGGAGACUGAUUCACUUGGUACUCUUAACUUUGAGCUAUUUACUGAUUUACCAACUACAACUAAGAGACUUGUAAACAUGGAUAAAAUGCAUUUGCCAAGCUUAAGAUUUAAAACAGUAAUUCCUAGGGAGCCAGAUUAA